AUUCCAUCAAUCAUCAUAGUUGACUCCCCAUGCGGUUGGGUCUAUAAUGGGGCUAGAAUAAGUAGGCCGGACGAGUACGGCGCGUUCUAGUUCUGACUAACUUCAACCAAUUGGAUAAGUGAGCACUUUGUGUUGCUUAUGGAUGAGUAGCGUAGGCAGUCAAAUCAGUCACUUAGUUUCCAACCAUCAGCUUUGGAAGAAAAUGACGGGAAAGAGCUGCAAUUGCAAACUCAGAAGUUGCGCGGCUGUUGGCGCGUACGUAUCCGAGCAGCUGGCAUUGCAGUGGAUGGAGCAGCUGGCCAGUGGUGAAAAGGAUAUGGGGCAGCACGUCGAGCAAGCUUCGGCUUCUUCUGAUUGGGGGAUGGUCUCAUCAUCUUCUACAAGGAUGGAGCCCGAGAAAUGAACGCUGUACAUGACGAAGAACAUCAUGGGGAAAUCGUUCGAAAAUAGUGAUGGAGUGAAUGCGUUUGCACUUGCAUGAAAAAUGGAAUUGAUUAGUGUUACGCAGGCAGCAGAAAGCACCACCGAAGGAACAUGAAUGACAUGAGCAGAAGUUGAAGCACCAGAGCAGAAGGUGGCAGGCGGUUAUCAAUAACUUACGUGCUCAAAUUCGCUUGGGGUUGUGAGCGGUUCAGUCGGGUUAUCCCUCAAGCUGAAAAAUGGCGCGCGGUGCUUGGUGCUUGUGGUUGGAUGAUUUCGUCUCGUUUGAAGUGGAGGUGUUUAGUGACUAUUAUCCCUGACCUCUGUUACCUUGCAUGAUAUUCGUUCCUUCUCAGCUGACUCUAUCUUGUGUUGCCUGCUUGUUUUUAGUUGGUUGGAUAAAGAAGAUUUGCAUUUGGUGUUUAAGUUGAAGUUGUUCAUGGUUACUUCGGUACUUUGCCGUCUUAUGAUUCAUUUCCUUUGGUCUUAUCGUUUUGCGUCCUCGAGUUUGUCUAUGUCGUUUGCACUUAAUAAGCUCAACAUUGAAAUUCAGAAAAUGCACAAGAUGACACGCAAUGCCACCCAAGGACGUUGAAUGUAACCCUCCCUCCCCUUGCACUUGCUGAACUUACCCCCAGAUUGGGUAUACUACUAAAGACUACUACCGAUCGAUAUGUUAUUAGAACAACCUUACUCGCUAGAUCUAAAUCAACAAGAUGAAGUUCAUGCGAGGACCGGUGUAAUUGUAAGCAGCUUGUUUUCGAAAAUAGAAGCCACCUAGCGUUUUCAGAUCGCCGCGUUUGUAAAUUGGAGUUAUAACUACUACCUCCUUCAAGUCUUGAGCCAAAUUGAGAAAACUAACUCCAUCUACUGCAAGUAUUUAAAUGUCGAAUCUAUCAUGUGAAACUAAGAACAAGUCUUGUUGGACGGUGCUCCGUGUAUGGCUUAACUACUACCACUACUACUACUACAACAUGUGAAACUAAGAGGACUUCUUUUUUUUAACUGUGAUAGAUAGAUUGAUGGUUACUUGAUUAACCGUCUUCUCUUUCAUCAAGCAACAUGAGUAGAUUCAUGGAGUAGUAGUAGAUACUAACACCUAAACCGGUUCAUUGCUGAACUGGGUAUCUCAUCAUCAUCAAUACUACGUGUGAACCUGUGUGAAAGAGCCAUUUAAGAUGCAUGACGAUGAUGAUGAUGAUGAUGAUGAAAGAGCCAGUUUUUGCUACAACCUGGUCCCGCCCUCGAAGCUGAAGAACCUGAAGAUAGCCAGGAUGAAAAAUUGCCAUAAGUCGUCUUUCCCAUGAUCUGAAAAUAUCUCAUAGUCGGAUUCGAUGUACUCGAGUUACAACUAGUACAACUGACCAAGUGAGUCUCUAGGAGAACUACACCCAGCGCACGAGCAACAUGAGUGUGCUCAAAACCUUGAAACUUGCGACUGACAGUUAGCUAAAAUUUAAGCGAGUGGAUGAGAGGAUCUUCUUAGAGUCUCUAAUGACGGGAGAGGAGAGGCGG